CUCCUGGGCCACCUACAGCAUGAGCAAGAGCCUCGAAGCGGAUCGCAUCGAGCACAGCCAGGCGCCCUUCGGGCUGAUGGUCUUCGGCUUCCAAAAUUACAUGGGUUACGGCUUUGCGGGCCUUUGCGCCACACCUUCUUCUCCACCUUCCUGCGCCGACCUCGACUGCAAGAAGCACGAGAGGUGCGAGGUGGUCGAAGGCCAGGCCACGUGCGUGAAGGACACCGAAGCCCUCUGCUGGGCCACCGGCGACCCCCACUACCAGACCUUCGACGGGAAGAACUUCGACUUCAUGGGCACCUGCACCUACGUCCUCUCCAAGACCUGCGCCUCGGACGCCGCCCUCCCCGUCUUCAGCGUGGAGGCCAAGAACGAGAACCGGGGCAACACCAAGGUCUCCUACGUCGGCUCCGUGACCGUCCGCGUCUACAACGUCACCAUCGCCGUGGUCAGAGGCGAGACCGGCAUCGUGAGGGUGAACAACCAGCGCUCCCGCCUCCCCAUCUCCCUCGCCGACGGGAGGAUCAAGGCAUACCAGAACGGCGACUCGGUGCUCAUCAAGACCGACUUCUCGCUGAAGGUCUUCUUCGACUGGGAGCAUCACCUGGUGGUGAAGAUCCCCGGCAAGCUCUCCGGCAAGGUGUGCGGGCUGUGCGGCAACGGCAACGGGGACCCGCGGGACGACACCGCCACCCCCGAUGGCUCGCUGGCCACCGACCCCGUGGAGCUGGGCAAGAGCUGGAAGGUGGACGACGGCGACCGCUUCUGCUGGGACGACUGCAACGGCGAGUGCAAGACCUGCAGCCUCCAGCAGAUCGCCAAGUACAAGGCGGGGACGUCCUGCGGCUUGCUGGCCAAAAAAUCGGGGCCCUUCCAGCACUGCCACGCCGUCGUCAACCCCAAGGUCCACCUGGACAACUGCGUCUACGACCUCUGCAUGAACGACGGGCUCCAGUCCAUGCUGUGCCAGGCCCUGAAGACCUACGCGGACAAAUGCCGGGCGGCGGAAACGGCCAUUUCCGACUGGAGGACCCCUUCGCAGUGCCCCAUGUCCUGCCCGGAGAACAGCACCUACACGCCCUGCGGCCCCGCUUGCCCGGCCACCUGCAACGACCCGGCGACGUCCGCCGAGUGCCAGGCCCUGGCCUGCGUGGAGACCUGCGCCUGCCGCGAGGGCUUCGUGCUGGACGGCGGCAAGUGCGUGCCCAAGGCCCAGUGCGGCUGCGUGUACGAGGGCCGCCUCUUCGCCCCCGGCGAGGAGUUCUGGGCCAACGACGCCUGCACGAGGCGCUGCGCCUGCGACGCCGCGAGCCGGCAGGCCAAGUGCCGGGACACCGGCUGCCGCGCCGGCGAGCAGUGCCGGGUGGAGAAGGGCAUCCUGGACUGCCACCCCGUGAGCUACGGCACCUGCUUGGCGGCGGGACGGACCCACUACCAGACUUUCGACGGCAGGAGGUUCAUCUUCCAAGGCAGCUGCCUCUACCAGUUUGCCAGGCUGUGCAAGAAGAGCCAAGACUUGGUGGACUUCCAGGUGCUGGUCCAGAACGGCCACCGGGACAAACAGCAGCUGUCCGCCAUCGCUCUGGUGCAGGUCAAAGUCUACGGCAGCGACAUCGUCAUCAGCGAGAAGCACCCUGGCAAAAUCAUGGUCGACAACUUGCUGGUCAACCUGCCCUAUAGCACCAGCGACGGGAAGAUCUCCGUGUACCUCGGCGGGCGGCGGGCGGUGGUGGAGACCGACUUCGGGCUCACCGUCACCUACGACUGGCAGAGCCAGGUCACCGCCUCGGUGCCCGGCAGCUACGCCGGCGCCCUGUGCGGGCUCUGCGGGAACUUCGACGGCAACGCCGGCGACGAGCUGCUGCUGAAGGGCGACCAAGAGAUGGCCAACCCGGCCGCCUUCGGGCGCAGCUGGAGGGUGGAGGACGCGCCGGGCUGCGUGGAGCUGUCGCAGGACGAAUGUCCCACGCUUCCAGAGGCGUUGAGGCGCCAGAAGGCCACCAAGAUGGGCUGCAGGAUCAUCUCCAGCCCGGACGGUCCCUUCGGAGCGUGCCACAGCAAAGUGGACCCCGAGCCGUUCUUCCAGAGCUGUGUGCACGACUUCUGCCUCUCCUCGGACCAGCCCGACACGAUCUGCCCGCUCAUCGCCAGCUACGCCGAUGCCUGCAAGGCCGCCGGCGCGGUGACCCAGAGGUGGAGGACGGCCGAGUUCUGCAGUAUCUCGUGUCCGGCCCACAGCCACUACGAGCCCUGUGUCCGAGGCUGCGACGGGACCUGCAGCAGCCUCCACGCGCCGACGCGCUGCGCGGCGCGCUGCUGGGAGGGCUGCGCCUGCGACGAGGGCUUCGCGCUCAGCGGCGACCGCUGCGUGCCCCUGUCCCGCUGCGGCUGCCUCCACGGCGGCCUCUACUACCAGGCCGAGGAGACCUUCCUGCCCACGUGCAGGCAGCAGUGCCGGUGCGAGGCCGGCGGGGCCGUGAGCUGCAACGUGUCCGCCUGCGUCGCCGAGAGCGACUGCAAGGUCGUGGAGGGCGUGCGGAAGUGCGAGGCCUCCGGCGCGGCGCUGUGCGUGGUCACCGGCGACCGCCAGUACAUCUCCUUCGACGGCUUGGCCUUCGAGGUCCCCGGCGCCUGCUCCUUCGUCCUCGCCAAGAGCUGCGGCGACGGCGGCGGCGACCUGACGCCCUUCGUGGUGACGCUGGAGAAGGAGCCAGCAGAGACGGGGACGGGCUCCGUCAUCAAGGCGGUGGUGGUGGAGGUCUACGGGCUCACGGUGACCCUGCUCCGAGGGAAGAUAGGAACCGUCAUGGUGGACUCCAUCGCCCACCACCUCCCGGCCCUGCUGCGGGACGGCCGCGUGGCCGUGCUGCCCCACGGCCCCGACGCCCUGCUGCAGACCGACUUCGGCCUCGCCGUCCGCUUCGACCUGCGGCACGCGGCCACGGUGACGGCGCCGCCGGGCCACCGGGGCCGCCUCUGCGGGCUGUGCAGCGACGCCGACGGCUGGCGCCCCAACGACCGGCUGCGGCCCGACGGCCGCCCCGUGCCCCACGCCGCCGCGCUGGCGGCCUCUUGGAGGCCCGACGCGCCCGGCGAGGCCUGCGCCGACGGCUGCGGCGACGGCGGCUGCCCCCGGUGCCCGGCGGCGCGGGAGGCCGUGCUGCGGCGCGAGGACCACUGCGGGGCCCUGGAGGCCCCCGGGGGCCCCCUGGCCGCCUGCGCCGCCGUCCUGGACCCCCGGCCCUUCGUGGAGGCCUGCGUGGGCGACGCCUGCCGCCAGGCCGGAGAGGGCGGCCUGCUCUGCCAGGGCCUCCGCAGCUACGUGGCCGCCUGCCGCGACGCCGGUGGGGACGUGCGGCCCUGGAGGACGCCCAGCCUCUGCUCGCUGACCUGCCCCCCGAACAGCAGCUACUCGCCCUGCGCCGACCACUGCACCCGCAGCUGCGCCGGAGCCGCCGUCGCUGCCCGCUGCCCCCAGCGCUGCGCCGAGGGCUGCCAGUGCCACCCGGGGCUCCUCUUCGACGGGCGCGCCUGCGUGCCCCCCGCCCGCUGCGGCUGCUUCCACCAGGGACGCUACUACCGGCCCGAUGAGGUGACGCUGACGGAGUCAUGUCGCCGCCGCUGCACCUGCGCGGCCGGCGGGGAGCUGCACUGCGAGGACCACGCCUGCACCGGCGACGAGACCUGCGAGGUCCGCGACGGCGCCUGGACCUGCGUCAACCAGAACCCGUGCAAGGCGCUGCGCUGCCGCCCCAAGGAGACCUGCGAGCUGACGGCCGGGCAGCCCCGCUGCGUCCCGGCGCUGGUGGCCGCGUGCUGGGCUUGGGGCGACCCGCACUACCGCACCUUCGACGGGAGCCACUUCGACUUCCAGGGCACCUGCACCUACACGCUGGCCGAGUCCUGCGGCCCCGACCGCACCCUCGAGCCCUUCAAGGUGCAGGCCAAGAACAAGCUGCGCGCCGGCGGCCGCGCCGUCGCCUACGUCGCCAUGGCCAUCGUGCACGUCUACGGGCACGUCGUCACCGUGCGCCACCACGAAGUGGGCAAGAUCCGGGUGGACGGCGUGCUCACCAACCUGCCGGCCAGCCUGGCCGAGGGCCGCCUCCGCGCCCGGCAGAGCGGCCUCAGCGCCGUGCUGGAAGCGGCCUCCGGCCUCCGCCUGCGCUACGACUGGGCCGGGCACCUGGCGCUGGAGCUGCCCAGCAGCUACUACCGCGGCACCCGGGGCCUCUGCGGCGACUUCAACCUGCGGCCGGGCGACGACGGCCCCCCGGGCGGCGGCAACGCCAGCGCCGUGGCCGGCUGGGCGGCCGGGUGGCGGGUGCCGGACGAGGACGAGGACGACCCGCUGUGCUGGGACGAGUGCGAGGGCGAGUGCCCGGCAUGCGAGGCGUCGCGCCGGGAGGCUUACGGAGGCCCGCGCCGCUGCGGUCUCCUCCGCCGGGUCCUCGGCGGUCCCUUCCGCGCCUGUCACCCGCUGGUGCCGCCGGGGCCCUUCUACCGCAGCUGCCUGCACGACGCGUGCGCGAGCGGCGGGGCCGGGGCCGUGCUGUGCCGGGCGCUGCAGGCCUACGCGGCCACGUGCGAGCGCAGCGGAGCGCGCCUGGGCGACUGGAGGACGCCGGCCGGCUGCGAGCUCUCGUGCCCGGAGCACAGCCACUACAAAGCGUGCGCCAGCGCCUGCCCGGCCACGUGCGCCGACCCGGAGGCGCCGUCCAAGUGCGCCGAGCCGUGCGUGGAGAGCUGCGAGUGCGACGGCGGCUACGUGCUGCAGGGCGGGCGCUGCGUGGCGGCGGGCCGCUGCGGCUGCCAGCACGAGGGCCGCUGGUACGGCCCCGGCGAGGAGUUCUGGGCGGACGCAACGUGCCGGCGGCGGUGCCGCUGCGAGGCGGCCCUGGGCAUGGCGGUGUGCGGCGGCGGCGGCUGCGGGCCGGGCGAGCGCUGCGGCACGGUGCGGGGCGUGCGGCGGUGCGUGGCGGGGCGGGCGGCCGUGUGCCGGGCCGCCGGCGACGGCCACUACAGCACCUUCGACGGGCGCAAGUUCGACCUGGCGGGUGCCUGCGCCUACCGGCUGGCGGGGCUGUGCGGCGAGAGCGCCGCGCUGACGCCGUUCCGGGUGACGGCGGAGAGCCACCGCCGCGGCGCCACCAAGGAGGUGACGCUGCACGUCUACAACGCGAGCUUCGCCCUCAGCCAGCUGCACCCCGGCAAGCUGCAGGCGAGCGGCGGGCGGGCGGAGGCGACGCGGGGGGCGCGGGAGGGCGAUGCACGACGCAAGGGAGGGCGAUGCGCGACGCAUGGAAAUGCAAUUAGCAGUGCAAGGAAAUGCAAUGCACGAUGCAAGGAAAUGCAAUUAGCAGUCCAAGGAAAUGCAAUGCACGAUGCAAGGAAAUGCAAUUAG